GCGUUCGUUGACGAUGCUGAACCUAAAGUUGCAAGUAUAAGAGAUAGAGCUACGAAAUUGGAUGAGGAGCUUAAACAAUUGCUAGUUUAUUACGGCGAAGAUCCUUCAGUGACAAAACCAGAGGAUUUCUUUGGGUUAAUUGUCUCCUUUGCGUCUUCGUUGGCUAAAGCACGGAAAGACAACGAAGAAUUGCGGAGGAAGGCCGAGAAGGAACGUGAGAAUCAAGUCUCAUCGCGAAUGCAGUCCAGUCGUCGUCAGUCAGACACAGCGAGUGUUUCAUCAUCCCUUGCUGGCAAAGGCGAACUUGAUGAAACGAUCCAACAACUCCGUGCUGGUCUCCGGAGGAGCCGCGGUCGUCCUGUAUCCAGGGUAUUCAUGGAAAUACACAAUGAAGAAGGACAUCAGUUUGAAAUAUCAUAUGAUCAUACACGAGAUAGAUCUUCAUAUAUAGCCCAUCAUCGUGAGAGAUCGUCGUUUGUGGGUCAUCAGCGAGAGAGGACAUAUGAAGUGCGAUAG